AAUGGCUGUACCAGUUGACGCUAGCUUCUACUAGUGGAUUGGAUAAAACCAAUACCGAAUAUGAAUCUUUAAUCACAAAGUUGAUGGAACUUGACGGUGAUAUCAACAACCCACUAUGGAAGCAUCCUAUGCUUUACUACAGUAAAGACAGUCUAGAUAAAACUCUAACCACGUUACCAACUGAAGGGCUGAAAAAGGAAGCAUUGAAGAUGUUUAAGUCUUGCCAACUAUUUAUGGGUGUUACCAUGGAUACACCUUCUAUAGAUUACCACGUUUCAUUAGCACAGAACAUUGUGCAGAGCUGUCUAACACAUCCAGUAUUACAGAGUGAGCUCUAUUGUCAGCUGAUCAAACAGACGUCAAAACGACCACACAUUGUUGGCAAAACACAGCCAUCCUCCUCGUCAUCAGAUCACAGCAGCGAUGCUCACAAAAAUCCAGUGUUUCUACAAGGAUGGCAGCUGUUAGGUCUGUGUACAACUUUAUUUUUACCAAAACAGAAGUAUUUGUGCUAUUUGAAAAUCCACCUCCAAAGACAUGCAGAUCCAAGAAAUGAGAUUGGCAAAUAUGCAGUGUUCUGUCAAAGGUCAUUGGAACGUACCAUUCAGUGUGGAGGUAGAGAAGCAAAACCAUCACGAAUGGAAGUCCUGUCUCUGCUACUAAGAAAUCCCUAUCACCAUUCCCUGCCAAUGAGUAUACCUGUCCAUGUCUUGAAUGCAUCGUACCAGGUUGUUGGGUUUGAUGGUCAAACAACAGUGAGAGAAUUCAUCCAGACACUGAAUCACCACAUUUCAAUGCGCGAUGUCAAACAAUCAGGUUUUGCUUUAUUUACUAACGAUCCGUCCGGAAAAAAUAUAGAACACUGCUUACAGCUAAAUGUCAAGUUAUGUGAUGUAAUAUCGAAGUGGGAGAGGACCAUGAUAGAGACUGGUUUAGGAGGCGGAAAAACUGAAGCCCAUAAAGCUAUCCGAUUGACAUACAAAAAUAGACUUUAUUUCCGAAGCAAUACUAAAACUGAAACUGACAAAGAGAAGUUAUUACUGGUCUACCAAACAAAUCAAGACAUAGUGUCCGGAAGGUUUCCCAUCAACACAGAGUUAACCCUGGAAUUAGCAUCAUUAUUAGCACAGAUUGAGUAUGGUGACUAUAAACCAAGCAGUAAAAGUGUGGAAUUUGUUAUUGAGAAAUUCUGUCCAAAGAGGUUACAGGAUCUGACUGCAGAUAAAAAAAAACAAUUAGAACGUAACUUGUUAGAUAAAUGGCUGUCUUUGAGUGGACGGAGCUUGAUGGAAUGUGUUCGUCUCUAUCUGACUGUCACAAGAAAAUUGCCGUUAUUUUCCAUGCAGUUGUUCAAAGCAAAGUGUAAAUACGGUAAACAACAGGAAGUGUGGAUUGGUGUGAAGGAUGAUGGGAUUUAUAUUCUGAAUGUAAAAAACAUGGAUGUAUUGGAAAGUUACACUUACAAAUCUGUGGAGUCGUUCGGUGGAUGUCGAGAUGAUUUUAUGUUGAUUCCCAGUAACCAAUCAAAACUGCUGUUUUCCAUGACAAAACCCAAGUAUUAUAACGACAGCUUGCAUUACCUUGCAGAACAAACUGACACAAUCGUUAUUGAAUGA